AUGUUCGCAUCACUGAAAAACGGACAUUGCAUUACCAGAUCCGUUAGAUCAACAUUGCCCCGAUUUUAUUCAUCAAGCGCUCACUCGUUGGGUAUAGACAAUACUAUUGAGAAUAAUUCUCCAACGGAGACAAAUAGGUUGAGCAAAACCUCUCAAAAAUUUUGGGAAAAGGUGUCAUUAAAUAGAGAUAUUGAAAAUGGAAAGAUCGCUUUACAAUUAGAUGGUAAGACCAUAAAGACCCCUCUGGGAAAUGGAAUAAUAAUUGAUGAUACAAGAUCCCUUUUAGCAUACCUGUUGAAACUAGAGUGGUCAUGCCUACCUAGUCUUUCUAUAAAAACCCACUCCCUGCCACUGACUUCACUGGUAGCAAGAUGCAUUGAUUUACAAAUGACAAAUAAGCCUGGCUGCAGUCCUCAGCUAAUAGCAAAAAUCGGUGGUACUAGUGAUGUCAUAAGAAAUCAAUUGUUAAGAUAUCUGGAUACUGAUACGUUAUUGGUUUUUUCCCCAAUGAGCGAGUUUGAAGGAAACUUGCGUAUUGCGCAAAAUGAAUCAUAUCAGCCCUUAAUCAAAGGAAUGGAGGAGUUUUUGUCCAGGUUUUCUUCCAACUCCAAUAUUCAUUUACAGGUUUUGGAUGCUGACAUUCAUGGAUUACGUGGUAAUCGACAGUCAGAUAUCGUUAGGAAUGCAGCUAUGAAGUAUAUGGAUAGUCUAUCUCUAUGGGACCUUGCGAUUCUUGAGAAAGCUGUGCUAACUACUAAAUCCUUUAUUUGUGGCGUGUUACUCUUAGAGAACAAGAAGGAUACUAAUCAACUACCUCCAACCUUGAAAACUAAUAUGGAAAAUAUUAUCCGUGCUGCUACUCUAGAGACUCUUUUCCAAAUUGAGAAAUGGGGGGAAGUUGAAGAUACUCAUGAUGUUGACAAAAGGGAUAUCAGAAGGAAGAUUCAUACUGCCGCGAUUGCGGCCUUUAAGCAAUAA